AUGAGCUACCGGGGCGACGGACUCGGCUUCCCUGACGCAAUCGCGUCUUUUCGAGCGGACGAGCUGCGACGGUGUAUGCUCCACCUGCACGACGAGGAGUAUGUGGGCCCGCCACUGCAAACAUUCUUCCAUGACGGACGUGCCCCGCAACUACGAGCCAUGGUGUUGGAGUUCCCCCCUUACCUCCCACACAACCACUUCCCUGCUCUAACCCAUAUCAUCCUAAAAUGUUCAGCCGCGGCUUCAUUCAGCUUUCAAAAUCUUCUGGCGUUCCUGUCAGGCUGCCCUGCCCUGCAGGUGCUUCACGUGAUGAUAGCGUCUACAUCUAGCAUGCAAGCACCUAGCACGCCUCCGCCACCGCGCAGCUGCCCUCAGCUCCAGCAUCUCCAGAAGUUCUCCGUAGUCGCCUUGACGAGAACUCACAACCUCCCUGGACAAACGACUAGUACUCUCCCGCACGCCCUGCUAUCCUCCAUAGUCUUCCCUCCGCAGUGCCUCAUCUACAUCUGCCCUCUAAUCCCCACCGACACGUGCACAUUCGUGGGCUGCAUGUCAACACCCGCUACGCUCUCGUCGAUGCGCGUCGUCGGCGCAAUGCCGAGCAACUCGGCGCAGAGCGGACCAGUACCUGUAACGUUCACGCUUGUCCAGCCGUCCGAGUCCCGCGGCGUGCGCUACGACAUAUCGCUGGGAAGCCACGACGAAGACGCGGAGGCCGUCAAGUGGAGUAUACGCCUCACCAUGGCUGCCUCACCGUUCUUCUCCGCCAUCCGCGAGCUCUGGGUAGGCACCGGGGCCAUCGGCCUCCUCUGCGGAACCCAGGACAGCAUCCUCCGGAGCCUUCCCCGCCUCGGGUACCUUUCCGUGGGAAGCUCCUCGCUGGAGAUCAAGGGGCUGUACGACGUGCUCGCAGUCCUGUCGGCGGUGUAUGUGCAGGGGGACGCGCUCGUGUGUCCUAAGCUCGACACUCUGUCCAUCAUCGCCUUUGUACCCGCCAAUCAGGAACACCUGGUCGGGCGUGUGCGGCACGUCCUCGCUAUGCGCAAGGACCUGGGAAGUCCCCUCACGCAUCUCGCGCUCUCUUUGGACUUUGAGCCUGAGGGGAAGGCACUCGUGGAGGCGCGCACGCUGGGCGCGCUCGUGGAGCGCUUCGCGCUGAACGACCCGGAGGUCACAGAUCUCACAGCGGACAUCGAAUGGGAACGUUAUUGGGAGGACCGGGUACCGGCGGGGUGUGGUGCGGCGGACGAGAUACGUGAUCAUUGGCCUAUAUGGACUUGA